AUGUCGUUGUCGGCAGGCCGUCGAGAAUCCCUACGCUCUGAAUAUAUUGUCACCAUUUUCUUCCCUUCACCACUACCGUUACCACCACCAAUCAAACCUCCAUUGCCACUUUUAUGCCUACAAGACGGCGGUUCGACCAAACAUAGCAGAGGCAAGCCUAAGGCCUCCAAAUCGGUUUUAAAGUUUCAGAAGGCCGGUCUCCAGUUCCCCGACGGCUGUAUUGCAUGUUUCCUCAAGGAAGGCAAGUACGCUGAGCGCGUCGGUGCUGGUGCGCCUGUCUAUCUCUCGGCCAUUUUGGAGUAUCUUGCCACAUAG